CAGUGCCACAGUAGCAGCAGUAGCCGCAGUAGUAGAGACGCAUUGCUGCCGUCGCCACCCCACCAAUACCCCGACCCCAGCCCCAGCCCCAGCCACGACCCCAAGCCCAGUUCCAAGCCCUCGAAGAUGCGCUCACGCAAGGUGCUGCUGGUGAUCGGCUUUUUGGUUACGUGGACCUAUGCCACAUACUACCUGCUGCUGCGCAACACGAGCGUUCACAAUAGCCGCAACCAGGCACACCAGGCAUACCGCGUUAAUUCUCAGGCCCGCGAGGUGAACCAGAAGAGCCACCACCUGGCCAAGAGCGUCUUCGAGUUCGUCAAGCUCAAGUACUUGGAGUCUCAGGCACCGCUCCCGCCGCCAACGACGCCGCAGAUAAGCAUUGUGGCCGCCGAGAUAUCCGGCGAACUGCCCGAGCAGCUGGCGGCCAAGCCAACGUCGGCGCGCAUUCCAACGAAAACAUAUCUGGCCAACGGUGAGCCCGUCUUCCCUGUCCUGGUCUUCGCCUGCAAUCGGGUGUCGGUGAAGAAGUGCAUUGACAAUCUGGUCCAAUACCGGCCCAGCAUCGAACAGUUUCCCAUUAUUGUGUCACAGGAUUGUGGGGAUGAGCCAACCAAGGAGGUGAUCCUAUCGUACGGCAACGAGGUAACCCUCAUCGAGCAGCCCGACCUAAGUGACAUUAAGGUGCUGCCCAAGGAGAAGAAGUUCAAGGGCUACUACAAGAUAGCACGUCACUAUGGCUGGGCACUGAAUACCACCUUCGGCGUGGGCUUCGAGUUCGUCAUCAUCGUGGAGGAUGAUCUGAAUGUGGCACCGGACUUCUUUGAAUACUUCCUGGGCACUCACAAGCUGCUCAAGCAGGACCCCAGCCUGUGGUGUGUGUCCGCCUGGAAUGACAAUGGAAAGGCUGCCGUUGUGGAUGCCUCAAAGCCGGAGCUGCUCUAUCGUACCGACUUCUUCCCCGGUCUCGGCUGGAUGCUCACCAAAGACCUGUGGGCCGAGCUAUCGGUCAAAUGGCCUAAAUCCUUCUGGGAUGAUUGGAUACGUCACCCGGCCCAGCGGAAAGAUCGCGUGUGCAUUAGGCCUGAAAUAUCGCGAACUAGAACAUUUGGAAAAAUAGGCGUAUCUAACGGCUUGUUCUUUGAUAAGUAUCUAAAGCACAUUAAACUCAGCGAGGACUUUGUGCAGUUUACAAAAAUUGAUACGAGCUAUCUGCUAAAGGACAAUUACGAUAAUACGUUUCUGCGGCGUGUCUACACGUAUCCCAUUGUCACGUACGACGAGUUGCGACGUAACCUGAUAAGAAUUGAAGGACCUGUGCGCAUCCAGUAUACCACACGAGAGCAGUACAAACGGACAACCAAGAUGCUGGGGCUAAUGGACGACUUCAAGAGCGGCGUUCCCCGGACUGCCUACCACGGCAUCGUUUCCUUCUACUACAACAAACGACGCGUGCACCUGGCGCCUAAUGUCAACUGGAAGGGCUACGAACUAUCGUGGAGCUAACGACGCUAAAAAAAGAGACAUACAUCCGCCAACUCCAACUGCAACUCCACCUUCAACUC